CCCAAUUGUUCAUCGAAUCUGUUAAUGCACUGCGACAAGUUGACAACCGACACUAAAUUUGCCGUCACACUCCACAAAGUGCUUUAUCAUUCAUAGCUUGGGAGGCAGCGACAGAGACAUCCACAUAAUCCCAAAAUCUCUCUUCUCUCCUCCUCUCAGCGCACACAGAGUACUCAGAUCUAGCCCCGCCUCAACUCUCACAAUGCCAGCUCUUUAGCAGCUCCUCUCAGGAUCAUUCCGCGUCAAUCUGCAGCUUCGUUUCAGCUCUUGCAUCUCAGACUUCGUGAUCUUCAGCAAUUCUUACAACUCUAGUUUUUUUUUUUUUCAACCAGCAAUUGUAUGCGCAUAAGCAGUUGUUGUGUCCGAGAACAUGUUUAGGAGAGCAGUGAAUCCCGCUCGACGAUUCGGGGACAGCGGAGGAGGCGGUUUAUUUGCCAAUUCGAAAUCACGCUCUACACCGAUUUUAUCUGUUGGGCUCAUCGCUGUGGGAGCACUGAUUUUUAUUGCCUAUUCAUAUGGCAAUUCAGGUGGAUUUGGCAACAAUACAGAGGCUAUUAGCAGGGUUGAAGGUGAUUACUCAUGCACUGCAGAUGUCCAACGAGCAAUUCCUAUUUUGAAGAAAGCAUAUGGUGACAGCAUGCAUAAAGUUUUGCACGUUGGCCCAGACACCUGUUCAGUGGUCUCUAAUUUGCUUAAAGAGGAGGAAACUGAAGUCUGGGGUGCGGAACCAUAUGAUAUAGAGGAUGCAGAUAGUACCUGCAAAGCUCUUGUACACAAAGGCGUCGUGCGUGUUGCUGAUAUCAAGUUUCCUCUUCCAUAUAGGCCAAAAUCGUUUUCUCUUGUUAUUGUUUCUGAUGCUUUAGAUUACUUAUCUCCAAGAUACCUCAACAAAACCCUUCCUGAUUUGGUAAGAGCAUCAGCUGAAGGUCUUGUGAUGUUUACAGGCUAUCCUGGUCAUCAGAGAGCUAAAGUUUCUGAUGUUUCCAAAUACGGGAGGGCGGCUAAAUUGAGGAGCUCUUCCUGGUGGAUACGAUAUUUUGUUCAGACUGGCUUAGAAGAGAAUGAAGUUGCCAGUAAAAAGUUUGAGCAGGCUGCAACAAAGAGGUCAUACGUCCCAAACUGCCAAAUAUUCCACCUGAAGUCACUCCAUUGAUAUCUUACGUGCUUCCACCUCAUGUCAUUUGAUUAAUAUCUAGACAUUCUUCUGUCAGUAAUACUGAAGCUCCACGGUGCAGCCAAGUCGAAAUUAUCUUCAAUUCUCGUCUGUAACAAUUUCUCUGAAAAAGAAAAUAAUGUUUAUCAUGAUCAGUUUACAUUAUUAUGCAUGUUAACGCAUGAUGUUUAAUAUUCUUUAAAUUAAAUUAUUAUUUGGAAGGGAAGCAUGAAUCAAUAUUGUAUAUGCUCUCUCCAAGCUCACCAAAUUGUUGUAACUCAAAACAGAGUUUUGGUAGACUCUAGUUAUCCAUGUGCAAUGUUAUUUGAUUU